CAGAUGAGGCAGGAAGGGAAAUGUUGAGUAGAUAGAGCUGAAACGGAGGCUGUACCUUUUAGACACUAGAAGAUUUGCAGCCUUAUUCACAAGAAGGAUCAGAAAAUCUACAGGAGCAUCCAGAAGCUGAGGAAAUCAAGCUGCAGCAAUGACACCUACAUCUGCAAACCGUGUCGUUUCCCUGGCAGCUAUUAUGAUAGUGCUAACCUCUGUGGUGCUGCAGGGGGUCCAGGCAGGAGUAGUGAGCGACUUCAACCAUGCAGAGCGCUGCAAGGACUCUCUGUAUAUGGGAACCCCACCGAGAGGCUAUCUCAGCAACGCCUUUAAGAAGAUCUGCCAGAGAUAUGAGGAUAAACCCCGCUACGCCACAGUGUAUGAUCCCCGCAGACACAUCCCCAUCUACUCUGCGUACACAUUCAAGAAGUCAGACGGAGAGAAGAAGGUGGACUUCCCCUGGAUGUUUGAGCCUCAGUUGGCAUCGGAAAAGAGUAGCAGCAACAUGGAGCCUUUCCCCCAAUCCACAAGCAUGCACAUGAACUUCGAAGACACCCAGGCAGUCCUCGAAGACUACGCUGACGUUGUUCAGUACGAACGCGGUCAACUAAAUCCCGACGAGCACCAGGCCGACCCUAUGGACAAAGUCUCCACCUACAGCUUGACGAACGUGGUACCUCAGAUCAGGGAGUUCAACUUGGGCCCCUGGGCUGAACACCAGGACAUAAUCCGCAAACGCCUUAACAACUACUGCCGAGGAAAGGCCUUCGUGGUCACCGGGGUCACCACCUCUGGACACACGAUCCGUCGCAGUAAUAUGGACAGAGUGGCUGUUCCGGAGUACAUGUGGUCUGCUUACUGCUGUACUGAGUUCGACCAGAACGCACCGUACUUUGUGCGCUACAAGUUCCCCGUGUUCGGGGCUUACGGGCUGAAUGAUCGCAUCAAUAACCAGAUGGUUGAAGUUCCCCUGAAAAACUUGGAGAAAUUCCUCAAAGGGAGGAUGGAGGUGGACAAGAACUUCCAGAUUUUCUAUAACGACUGUGUGCCAGAUAACUAAGAAAAAUUGGUUGAAAUAGUUUUAAGUGUGUUAUAGAUUUAGCAGUUCAUUUGCACUUAAAAAAUAUACCUGGAAUUAAACACUUUGACAAAUUCUAUAACAUACUGUAGGAGAGAACGUGAAUUUUCAUUGGAUUAUUUCCCCCAAUUGUCCAUGCAUUAUUCUUCUUUUACUUAUUAAUGAUAAAAUCUCUGUUUAUCCAAAUUUCCUUCACAGUUAUGUGGAAAUCCACAUCUAUCUUUAGACUAAUCAAUUGCAGAAAUAUGUAAAAGCAUACGAUGGUCAAAGACAGGUCUUUAUAUUCGAGAUAAGCGAAGGUGAAGGAAUUAUCAUUCUUUUAAUUCCUUAAUAUUUAUUACAAUUCUAAUAAAGUUCCAAGGCCUACUUAGGACGUUGAAAAUUAUUGUUUGGUCUAUUAUUACAUUGCCUAAUGUCAAUUUGUUCACCUGAUAUUGACAGUUUUGAUAGAUUGAAGAAUCACAUUGAAAUCCUAUUUUGAGAAUUUAAAGAUGGAUAUUCACUUCUUAUUUCUGUCACGAAUAAAUAAAUAAAUAAAGAAGCGUC